ACUGGAGAGAAACCCUUUAAAUGCACUGUAUGUCGUAAAGCCUUCCCGUAUACAACUUUUCUCAUACGGCAUAAAAGAACACACACUGGAGAGAAACCUUACGAAUGUAACCAGUGUGGUAAAGCCUUUGCAGAAAAGAAUAAUCUCAUACGGCAUAAAAGAACACACACUGGAGAGAAACGUUAUGAAUGUAACCAGUGUGGUAAAGCUUUUACACGAAACAGUCAUCUCAUAAGCCAUAAAAGAACACACACUGGAGAGAAACCUUAUGAAUGUAACCCGUGUGGUAAAACCUUUGCAGAAAAGAAUAAUCUCAUACGGCAUAAAAGAACACACACUGGAGAGAAACGUUAUGAAUGUAACCAGUGUGGUAAAGCCUUUGCACAAAAGAGUACUCUCUUAAGCCAUAAAAGAAAACACACUGGAGAGAAACCUUAUGAAUGUUACCAGUGUGGUAAAGCCUUUGCAGAAAACAGUCAUCUGGUAAGGCAUAAAAGAACACACACUGGAGAGAAACCUUACGAAUGUAACCAGUGUGGUAAAGCCUUUGCACAAAACAGUCAUCUCUUAAGCCAUAAAAGAACACACACUGGAGAGAAACCUUAUGAAUGUAACCAGUGUGGUAAAGCCUUUGCAGAAAACAGUACUCUAUUAAGCCACAAAAGAACACACAGUGGAGAGAAACCUUAUGAAUGUAACCAGUGCGGUAAAGCCUUUGCACAAAACAGUGCUCUCAUAAGCCAUAAAAGAACACACACUGGA